AUGGCAGCCAACAUGAUCGACAGUGACAACGACACCGCAUCUGAUAGCGAUUUAAACAUGAGUUUUGAGGAGUCUGAUUAUGGUGUGGAUUAUAUUUCUGAAGACGGAAUCCAGCCCUACCGAUUUGAACCGGAAUUACAAGAGGAUGUAUCCAGUGAGGAGGAAAAUAACCCUUCGGAAAGUGACGAUCGCUUGGCCAACAUAGAUUGGUGCCAAUGCAACAGAUGCCAACUAAUGCCAACUACAUCAGAAUGUGUGUGUUGCGAGGAGAUAUCUCAGGUAAAGCAUGUCCGUGAUGAAGUAGAUGGUAUAAGAUGUAUCACUGACCAUCCAGGAUUUCAAACAAUUUGUUUGGACAUCUUUGUGUUGAGAACAGCAUAUGAAGGCUACAGACAGUACCACAAUAGGAAUAUACCAGAAAGUUUGAAGCGAUACAGAUACACAGCUUAUAGACAACUGGCUCGUUGGUGUUGGGGAUUCUUAGGGAAAAAUGUGAGAGUUCCUCAUCCAUCAUGUGCUGUUUCACUGAUUAGGAGAACUUUUCCUGCUGAAGAUGACAAGUACACAGGGUUCAAUUAUUCAAAUUGA